GGCAAUUACUAUGGCUCCACCGGAAAUCCCCGUCAACGGCAUCUUUUCGGGUUCCGCAAAGGUCACGACACCUAACACAGGUUACUCCAAGAGGGCUUACGUGACAUUCCUAGCCGGUAAUGGUGAUUAUGUAAAAGGAGUGGUGGGAUUAGUAAAGGGUUUACGUAAGGUGAAUAGUGCUUACCCUUUAGUGGUGGCGAUAUUGCCUGACGUGCCGGAGGAACACCGUGAGAUCUUGAAGUCUCAAGGCUGCAUCGUUCGUGAAAUCGAACCUAUCUACCCACCUGAGAAUCAAACACAAUUCGCUCAUGCCUAUUAUGUAAUUAACUACUCCAAGCUCCAAAUAUGGAAGUUUGAAGGGUAUAGUAAGAUGGUUUACCUAGAUGCUGAUAUCCAAGUGUUUGAGAAUAUCGAUCAUCUAUUUGAUUCACCGGACGGGUACUUCUACGCCGUGAUGGACUGCUUCUGUGAGCCGGCAUGGGGUAAGUCGCCGCAAUACUCCAUUGGGUAUUGUCAACAAUGCCCCGAUAAGGUAAAAUGGCCAGUUGAGAUGGGUUCACCACCUUCCUUGUACUUCAAUGCCGGGAUGUUCGUGUUUGAGCCUAGCAGUUUGACUUGUGAAUCGCUUCUUGAGACUCUCAAAGUCACAACACCCACCCUAUUUGCAGAGCAAGAUUUUUUGAACAUGUUCUUCCAACACAUGUACAAGCCCAUCCCUCUGGUAUACAAUUUGAUUCUAGCCAUGCUCUGGCGCCACCCUGAGAAUGUAGAGCUGGACAAAGUUAAGGUGGUCCACUACUGUGCGGCUGGUUCAAAGCCAUGGAGGUUCACUGGCAAAGAAGCAAACAUGGAUAGAGAGGACAUUAAGAUGUUAGUGGCUAAAUGGUGGGAAAUUUACAAUGAUGAAUCACUGGACUUCAAACCUGAGGGAGCAGAGACGACCUUCUCUAGGCCAUCGAUUAUGGCAACCAGGCCUGACCCAGCUGAGAUUCCCUACGUUCCACAACCUUCUGCUGCUUAAAAAGAAAUUC